AUGAAGUUGGAUGAUGUUAUGAAAGAGUUGAUCCAACACAUGGAAGAUCUGAAACUGUUAACAACGGAUGCUCAACUAUACAAGGCUGAUGAAAUAUGGGACAGACUGCUUGACUUGCUACUGGAGUUGGACAAACAGAAUUACAACUAUAUGGAUGUAGUGCCUCGCUUACAGAAUAUUGGACUGCAAGAUAUCACAGCCAAAUAUUUGGAGUAUAAUCGACCCAGUUUACAGAUCAAAGUAAUGGAGUUUACUACAGUAUUUGCGAAUAUGGUAUACAGUGAUGAUCGGUUCAAAGUAUCACAUCGACUAAGCAACCAACUCUCACAAUGCAUGCAAUCACCAAACCGUCAAGUCAAAAUAGCGGCAAGUCAUGAUUGA